CUAAGAUUAUACCACGCAUUUUACACGCUCACCAUCCUUCAGUAGUAUUAGUAUAACUUGGGUUGAAUUAUAGUCAUUAAGUCUUCUUCACAAUUACUAAGAACCAUCCUUCAGUACAACUUGUAUUAGUAUAAUUACUUGGGUUGAAUUAGUAUAACUUGCAUAUUAGUUUAAAUUGGGUUGAUUACAAUUAAACUCAUUAAUCUUCACAAUUAAACUAAAGUAUAUUCAUCACCAUGGGAACAACCAUCGAUUGCUGCGCCACUCAACUCAUUGACGCUGACGGAAGUUUCAACGUCACCGGUCUCGAUAAUUUCAUCAAAACUUCAAAGAUGGCUUCCUCUGAUCUUUCUUAUGUCACCGUUGCUAUCAUGGGACCUCAAAGUAGCGGGAAGAGUACCUUGAUGAAUCAUCUUUUCGGCACUAAAUUCAAGGAGAUGGAUGCUUUUAGGGGAAGAUCUCAAACAACCAAAGGUAUUUGGAUAGCUAAGUGUACUGGAAUUGAGCCGUGCACAAUUGCUAUGGAUUUAGAGGGUUCUGAUGGAAGUGAGAGGGGUGAGGAUGAUACCGCUUUUGAGAAGCAGAGUGCUCUAUUUGCUUUGGCAGCUUCAGAUAUUGUUCUGAUAAACAUGUGGUGUCAUGAUAUUGGUCGUGAACAAGCAGCCAAUAAACCUCUUUUAAGAACAGUUUUUCAGGCCAUGAUGCAUUUAUGUUUAUUUAGUCCCCAGAAGACAACAUUGCUUUUUGUUAUACGGGAUAAAUCAAAGACUCCGCUGGAAAAAUUGGAGUCUAUUCUAAGAGCAGAUAUUCAAAAGAUUUGGGAUGCAGUUCCAAAACCUCACAAUCAUGUACACACUCCUCUUAGUGAUUUUUUUAAUGUGGAAGUUACUGCUUUGUCAAACUAUGAACUCGAAGAGGAUAAAUUCAAAGAGGAGGUUGCCCAAUUACAACAACGUUUCAUUCAUUCUAUUGCACCUGGAGGUCUAGCUGGUGAUCGGCGUGGUGUUGUGCCUGCAUCUGCUUUUUCUAUUAGUGCACAACAUAUAUGGAAAGUCAUACGAGAAAACAAGGAUCUCGAUCUCCCAGCUCAUAAGGUAAUGGUUGCAACUGUGCGUUGUGAAGAGAUUGCUUAUGAAAAGCAUAGUCAACUACGUUCUGAUAAGGGUUGGCUGGAGUUGAAGAAAGCUGUUCAUUUAGGUCCAGUACAAGGCUUUGGGAAAAAAUUGAGCUCCAUUAUUGAUACCUACCUUUCUCUAUAUGACAAGGAAACAAUGUUCUUUGAUGAAGCUGUGAGAAAUGCAAAACGGAAGCAAUUUCAAUCAAAUGUAUUGGAUACAGUGCACCCUGCUUAUAAAACUAUGAUAGGGCAUCUACACUCUAAAGGUUUAAAAGAUUUUAAGACUACGCUGGAUGGAUCACUAGGCAAUGGAGAAGAGUUUGCUUCAUCUGUUCACUACUGGACUCGGUAUAUUAUGCUUGACUUUGAUAAAGGAUCUACCGACGCGUCUGUAAGACAAACUAAUUGGGAUGCUUCAAAAGUGCGAGACGAGCUUCACAAGGAUAUUAAUUCACAUAUUUCAUCUGUGCACAUUGCAAAAUUGGAGAAAGAGAAGAAGGCCCGCAAGGAGGAUAGAAUUUGGUUUCUUGCAUUGAAUAUGAUAUCACUUGCCAUAUUAGGUGCACCUUCGCCGUCAAAUUGACACUUCUAGGCUAUAGUGGAACGGCUUGUCCCAAGGAUGAUAUAUAAUGGCGAGUUCAUGGCAAAAAUUGAUGCAUCUGGAAUGCAAAAAUGUUAAAUAAAAAUAUGAGGAAGAUUUGUGCUUUCAUUAUCUAUUCUUCAAAGGAAAAUGCUUGUAUUUGAUUCGAAUGAAGAAGCAGACAAAGCUCUCACGUGCAAACAUGGCAUGUUUCCAUGGGAUAAACUAUUUAUUGAUUUCCAAUAUUUCGGAAGAAGUAAGAAAAAUAAGAUAAUGAUUGUUCUGGCCAAAUUUGAACUCAAAUCAUGUAUGUAUAUCGCUUAUUGUGUGUCUAUAUACUAUAUACUGUAUGCGUUUGCUUUUUCUUGUAAAAAAAUAGAAAUAAAAAUGUAAGUUUGUUUUGGUGUGAUAAUUAUUUUUAUAUAGGGUGUGAUAAUUAUCUGUGUUUA